AUGCCCCAGACGUCCGUCGUCUUGUCCAGCUUCCUCGGGCCCAGCUGUAGCGGACAGGCGCAGCCCGGCAUGGGGGAGCGGGGAGGUGGGGCCGGCGGCGCCUCCGGGGACCUCAUCUUCCAAGAGGGACGCCUCAUCUCUGGGUCCCUGGAGGCCCUGAUGGAGCACCUGGUCCCCAGGGUGGACUAUUACCCUGACGCCAAGCUGAAGUCCUUCUCAGCCAAGAUCGUGCAGCUUCUGAAGGAAUGGACAGAGGCUUUCCCCUACGACUUCCAGGACGAGAAGGCCAUGGCCGAACUGAAGGCCAUCACGCACCGUGUCACCCAGUGUGACGAGGAGAAUGGCACGGUGAAGAGGGCCAUUGCCCAGAUGACGCAGAGCCUGCUGCUGUCCCUGGCCGCCCGGAGCCAGUUCCAGGAGCUGCGAGAGAAGCUCCGGCCACCAGCUGUGGACAAAGGGCCUGUCCUCAAGACCAAGCCACCGGCUGCCCAGAAGGACAUUCUGGGCGUGUGCUGUGACCCCCUGGUGCUGGCCCAGCAGCUGACUCACAUCGAGCUGGACAGGGUCAGCAGCAUCCACCCUGAGGACCUGAUGCAGAUCAUCAGCCACAUGGACUCCCUAGACAAUCACAGGUGCCGAGGGGACCUGACCAAGACCUAUAGCCUGGAGGCCUACGACAACUGGUUCAACUGCCUGAGCAUGCUGGUGGCCACGGAGGUGUGCCGGGUGGUGAAGAAGAAGCACCGGACCCGCAUGUUGGAGUUCUUCAUCGACGUGGCCCGGGAGUGCUUCAACAUCGGCAAUUUCAACUCGAUGAUGGCCAUCAUCUCUGGCAUGAACCUCAGUCCCGUGGCGCGGCUGAAGAAAACCUGGUCCAAAGUCAAGACGGCCAAGUUUGACGUCUUGGAGCACCACAUGGACCCAUCCAGCAACUUCUGCAACUACCGCACGGCCCUGCAGGGGGCCACGCAGAGGUCCCAGAUGGCCAACAGCAGCCGAGAGAAGAUCGUCAUCCCUGUGUUCAACCUCUUCGUUAAGGACAUCUACUUCCUGCACAAAAUCCACACCAACCACCUGCCCAACGGGCACAUUAACUUCAAGAAAUUCUGGGAGAUCUCCAGACAAAUCCAUGAGUUCAUGACGUGGACACAGGUAGAGUGUCCCUUCGAGAAGGACAAGAAGAUUCAGAGUUACCUGCUCACGGCGCCCAUCUACAGCGAGGAAGCUCUCUUCAUUGCCUCCUUUGAAAGUGAAGGUCCCGAGAACCACAUGGAAAAGGACAGCUGGAAGACCCUCAGGACCACCCUCCUUAACAGAGCCUGAGGCGCCGACGCGGCUGCAGAGCAGAUGGAGCUGGAGCACACGUAGGCACCGGGCGAACCUUGAUUGACACGGGCUGAGCUGAGGAGGCCUCACUGGUUGGGGUCCGUUUUGUAUAUAACUUUUAUGAGAAAAAGGUAAUUAUUUCAUGCAUCAACCUUUGGCACUUAAAAAGUUUUUUUGUUUAUUUUAAACAACAGGGCAGGGCCCUGCUUUGGGGAGGGGGGGAAGAGUAUCAUGGGAGACGGUAUCCAUGAUAGCGUCUUAUUCUGAUGAAAUGGAGAUUUUUAUUUUCUACUUUUGAUUGUUAACAUCUU